UAAUGUAUUAGAGUUCAGUUACUGCUUGUUAAUUCAUAGAGACAAACGUUCUUUAGUUUACGGUAAUCGUUGAAAAAUAUAUAACAACCAUAUAUCAUUUAAUUUGUUGCAAAGUUAGUAAUAUGAAAAUAUACCAAUUUUACAUCCUUGCAAGUGUUAAGCCUUAUACAUAAUAUUUUAUUUUUCAAAUCAAUAUAAAAAAUACAUUUUAAAAGGUCGAUUAUAUAAUGGUGAACUUAAAACUUAUAACUAAGUUAGUCAUUUUCGUAGUGCACAUUAUAGUAUUCUUAAUUGGAUUAAUUGGAAACAUGAUGGUGAUAUCUGUUGUUUUUCGCAUUCCUAGGAUGCAAAAUACUACAAAUUAUUUCAUCGCAAAUUUAGCUAUGGCUGAUAUUUUUGUUACGUUGAUAACUUUACCUUUACAUUUCUUUUUCAAUUUUGAUAUGAUUGAGAAUCUACCAACCUGGGCUUGUAAGUUAACUUCAUAUAUUUCCUGUGUUGCAUUGACAGCUUCAGUUUAUUGCUUGAUCAUCGUCUCAAUUGAUCGGUUUUUAGUUAUUUGGUAUCCGUUAAAACGCCUAGUGACCUAUCAUCAAGUGCGAUGUGUAAUAGGUACAAUUUGGUUGAUUUGCUUAGUGUUAAGUAUUCCUCAUGCACUACUUAUAGAAUCAGUUUACAAAAAUGAAACAACAUCAGUGUGUUCUGAAGUGUGGCCCGAUCAUAUAGAUAGAUUUAUAUUCGACUUACUUAAUCUUUUUUUUCUACGGUAUCUUUUACCGGUUGGAAUUAUAACGCUAUGUUAUGUGAUGAUUUGGCUUAAAGUAUAUACACGAACAAUACCAACUGAUAACAUAGAUUCCCGGCAUCAAAAGUUGCUGUAUAACAGUAAGAAGAAAGCUACAAAAAUGCUAGUUAUGCUGAUAAUACCAUUCACAUUAACUUGGUUACCGUUACAGGCAAUAUUUUUGAGGUUAAAUUUUAAUCCUUCUCCUUGGGAAAAUAAUAUUUUGCUGCAAGCAAUGCCCAUUGCCGAAUGGUUUGGCAUCUCUAAUAGUUGUAUUAAUCCCACGGUAUAUGCCAUAUUCAAUAAAAAUUUUCGCCGAGGUUUCGUCGACAUAUUAAAAAGUCGUUCAUGUUGGGGAAAACUUCAACACAAGAAUAAUUUGUUUUGUAAAACUAAUUUAAAAUACAUUAGUCAGAGAAGUGUCACUUCAAAUCAUCAAUCAUCGCGUGUAUAUUCAUUGUCGAGUCAAUCAGAAGACGAACGUUCAUUUACUUUACUUUUUCAGCCGCACUAAUUUAAUUAAGAAGUUAUUGACAAGAUACUAGUUGAAUUUAUAAAAAUUAAUUAAUAAAUAUCUUUUUUUAGUAAAAUAAAUUUUUCCUAUUUUAUUUUUAUUACAUUGUGAGUACUCAUAACCAGUAAGCAUAACAAAUAGGAGAACAUGUGAAC